GUUUACCCCAUAUCCCAUCUUUUCUCCAAAAUCUCCAACUGAAGAAUCAAAUCUUUCUUCCUCCUUAUUGUAACGCACGCAGUCUUCUUUUCCUCACACAUUCUUCCAUCCGAAAUCUGAGAAAAAAAAAAGAAAUCGCAAAAUACCUUGAGUUUGACAUCCAAUCUGCCGUUAUUUUCUUCUCUUCCACGAAAGAGGAGAACCGAGAGAGCUCUCAAACCCUCCUAUUUUGCUGGCAAGUUUUCUUCUUUCCAAAGGUAUACCCCUUUAUUUCAGAAACUCUGUGCAUUCAUCCCAUGACAUAGUCCCAUAUAUUCACAGUAGUUCACAGGAACAAAUUCUUUUGAAAAUCUGGAAACAUGUAUGUUGAUACAUUUUGUUAAAGCCUCGAUCUUUAAUGCUAUUAGAAGUUGCCAUUUUGUUUUAUCUCUUCAACCUUAAUUCUGGAAGAUACUUCUGGCCACUAAUAUUUGAUAUUUGAAUAAUUAGAGAAUUUAAUAAAAGGUUUAGAAUGGGGAAAAGGGGAUGGGACUUACCUGUUAUGCGAGCAGUGCUGCUCGGCGACGGCUGCGAAUUGCAGCGGCCAUGGACGGCGGCUGCUGGUACAGCAGCGAGCGAGAGGGAGAUGGAUACUCUGUUUCUGACUUUGGAUGAAAAUUUGAGGGAGGGAGAGAAUCUGUUUAAGGGAUUUUUUGUGUCUACUUGGAUAUAGAGACGAGAACUUGAGCUUGGUAUUGAGGGAAUUGUUUGUUGUGAAUUUGUGGAAGCUCUAAUGGUCUGGAAUUGCCUAUUUGUAGUUGUUUGAGAGGGUUUGAGCCUGUGAAUGAGGAAGAAUGGGGGAGAGGGAAUUGGACUAAUGGUUGUAGGAGGAAGAGCCAGUUGCAGUGUGGAGACGAUGGAUUUGAGAGGUUGCGGUAUAUGAAGGUUCCGGACUUUGCUCAACCCUUGCUUUCGAGGGUUCAAGACGAGUGUCAGACCACGUGUCUGAGGAACUGCUCAUGCAUAGCUUAUGCUUAUGAUAUUAACAUUGGUUGUAUGUUUUGGAGUGAUAGCUUGAUUGACACACAGGAGUUAGACCGUGCUGGUGUUGAUCUCUACGUUCGUCUCUCUGCUUCUGAGUUUGAUAACCACAAGGAGAGAAAGUUGUUCAUUAUAAUUGCAGUAGUUGUGGGUUUUGUAUGCAUAUCUUUUAUACUGUUUAUUGCUUGGUGGUUGAUGAAGUGGAAAGGGAGAAAAGCGCAAGAUUCAAGUAUUUUGGAAUCAGGGCAAAUGUUCACGACGGAUUCAACUGCAAUCGUGCAAAAAAAUGAAACAAGGGAGGUUAAUAUUGGCGAUUUGCCAAAGUUCACAUUCGAGAUGCUUGCUAAUGCAACCAACCAGUUCCAUGAAGAUAAUCUUCUUGGGAGGGGAGGUUUUGGUCCUGUUUACAAGGGAGUUCUGGCAAGCGAGAAAGAAAUUGCUGUGAAAAGACUAUCUGCAGAAUCUGGGCAAGGGAUGCAAGAAUUCAUGAAUGAAGUGAUAGCCAUUUAUUUCCAAACUCCAACGCAGGAAUCCUGUGAAACUGCUGGGAGGUUGUGUAGAGAAAGAAGAAAAGAUUCUAAUAUAUGAAUACAUGCCAAACAAAAGCUUGGAUGCUUGUCUCUUUGGUUCUACCAACUCAACAAAGAGGUUAUUAGAUUGGAAUAUGCGUUCCAGCAUUAUCGAGGGCAUUGGGCGAGGCAUCCUGUACCUUCACAGAGACUCAAGACUAAGGAUCAUUCACAGAGACCUCAAGCCAAGUAAUGUUCUGCUAGAUAAGGACUGGAAUCCAAAAAUCUCAGAUUUUGGGAUGCCAAGAAUAUUUGCAGGCAAUGAAGACCAUGGCAGUACUGCAAGAGUCAUGGGAACAUAGUAAGUUGAUAUUCAACAGUUGUAUACAGCUUCGGAGUGCUGAUUCUUGAGAUUAUAAAAGGGAAAAAGAACACACACUAUUUCUAUGAUGAAUUGUCCUUGAGUCUCAUAGGAUGUGCAUGGAAAAUGUGGAAUGAGGGUAACGGUUUGAGUUUCGUGGAGGAAAACAUCGUAAGUAGGGAGACGGAGGAAGAGAUGGUUCGAUGCAUUCAGAUAGGCCUACUGUGUGUGCAAGAAUAUCCCAAGGAUAGACCUUCCAUUGAAAUCGUGCUUUCGAUGCUAAGUGGUGAUAUUGUGGAGCUACCAGUGCCUAAGCAGCCAGUGUUUGCGGAAAAUGGUUCGACACCAGGCCUUAAUGGAUCAACACAGCAAAAUAUUUACUCCAAUAACGGGCUCACUCUCAGCGUGCUUGAGGGACGAUGAAUAUAUUAAUUGUUAUCCCUUCUUGCUUUGUAGUAGUACUACAAUUUUGUUUCCAAGAGCUGUUUGUAUUGUUAAUGUCCUUUCUUUUUAUAUUAAUUAAAGAUGAAUACCCGAAAUAGAUCCAAGAACAUCUUA